AUGUCGUGGAUACUGUCCUACAUCACGCUCACUGCCUUAAAGCCCGGCGUCCGUUACAUUCUCCCUCCACCCAACGAUGCCGCCACCACGUUCACAACGACUGCUACGACCGCCGCCUGCCUCGACUACAACUUCGUCGUCCGAGACGUCGCCGGAAGAACAAUUGACACGGAAUCCGUUAUCGGCAGUGGCAUCCUCAGAGGGGUCAUCGUCCCAACCCUCACCUGUCCCGUUGUCAUCGGCGUUACCAUGGGCUUUGCCACGGCCAAUGCCAUCGGCCUCGCACCCCGUGUCGGCGUCACUGUCAACGGCCGCAGCUGGAGCCCCAUCGCGGUCCCCAUCACCGUCUUCAUGCCAGUCCCAGUCCCCUUCACUGACGAAGGACCUGUCUCGGUCUCCAUCUCCUCUUCUGGCACUGACGCCAACCCCGUCCCGGUCUCUGUCUUCAAUUCCCCCUCCGGAAUAAGAUUCAUAGACCGUCCCACCGACAUCCUCUUCGCCUUCCCAUCUGUUGUCUUCGGCUUUAACGACGCGGUUUUCCACCCCCUCCCGCCUCUGUUCACCGCGACUGCUCCCGCGCGCUACGCCUUCGACAUUAUCCUGCGCAACAGGUGUACGCGCGUGCAGGUAGACCGGCGCAUGCUUGGGCGCUUUCGCAGCGCACUUCUUAGCCACACCCUUGACCUCUUCUUGGGCGUCGACGGGGCCCAAGAAGACUUCCUGCAGAAGUGGAACAAUGCCGUGGCCUCCAUGGCUCCGACAUUUGAGAGGGCGGACGCGGCAGAGUACGACCAAGUAUGCCUCGUCAUUGACAACCUUGUCACCCUCGCCAAUGCCUUCCUGAUGCAGUAUAUCUCGGACAACCCCCGGCUGCGAUGGGCCCAAGCGAACGGCCCCCACUUGUACAUCCUCGGUGGCAACGGCCUGCUAAUAUGGACCAACCGUGGGGCCGAUACUGGCUGGAUGCGUUUGGUCGCCACGCUCGGCUUGCGGCCGUUCACAUGGUACCACAGCUACCGCAGCACCCCCUACAUCCUCAGCGAUGAGUUGAACGACGUAAUCGCAUAUAUCUUCUGGACCAUGCACACCUACUGUCUCUUCCACCUCAUCAUUACCAGUGGGGUCGAGACGGUAGUUGUUGCAAUGCAGCCGGCCGAGUUGCGCAUUUCGACCCUUUCUCCACCCCACAUAAGCCUCCUCACGCUGAUGGUCGCAGUUCCUACCUAUCCCCCCACUCGAGAGAUCCGCUCGAUGAGCUUUGUCGACCUGCGCCUGUUUGGCUUCCAGACCCGGAUGGGCUCACCCUUCCCGUCCUGGAGUGAAAAUCGAGCUCAGCGACCUCGUACGCCAUCACCGAAUCGCUCUAAUGGGAGCGAGCUCGGUAGGGUGCCCAUGGAGGUGCCGGGGCAGGUGCCACAAGUGCCUCCAGCCGGCGAGGUGGCACAGUCUCCAGCUUCUGAGAUGGUGCAGGAUCCCGUCCCCGCAGCAAACCUUGCAGCUGAUGAGGGGGAGCAGCGUCCGACCGGUCAAGUGCCGCAUACUCCAGCCAACGGGGAUGUCGCGCAGCCUCCAGGCGCCGAGAUUGUGCAGACGCCUCCGUCAGCCGUACGGCUAGCAGCUGAUGAAUUUGAGGGGCUUCCAGGCAACGAGGUCGCGCAGUUUCCCAUGCCUGUGGAGGAAACGCUCAGCGUGGCACACCGAGGGGAGAGACAGUCGCCCUCGCCUCCGGCGUCGCCUGAAUCUUCUGCGCCCACGUCCCUGGCACAACUAGUCGCGCUGCUUAUGUCUCCCACGAUGGAACCCGUCGCGUCUGAGGCUCUGCGCUCACCCCGCACACCCCCACCCCGCACACUACCAUUCCCAGCGCUGCCUCCCCUCACACCGCCUCCCCACACCCUACCCAACCUCCCCCGUUCCCGGUCCAUUUCGCCAGGAAUCAGCACGCGGCGCACCACGCCCUCCACCCCCACGCUCCCCUCAAUCGAGGAGGACGAAUGUGUACGCUCUAACGAUGAGGGCAAUGCCGAAGACGAAGCCAUGCGCGCCCCCUUACGUCCCCCACCCGCCUCGCCCGGCCGCCCGUUGGAAGCGCGCACAAACAAACGUCCCCGCGCAUCGAGCACGCCGCCGAGCCUCCGCGCCGUAAUCAAACGGACGCGCGAAGCACACCCCCCGGUGACAUGGAGUAUCCCUUUCGUAAGCCCCUCUUCUCUUCCGCUCACACAGUACUCGUCCCUCACGCUCGGCAUCGGCGCGUACCUCGACCCAAGCGAGCUCCUCUAUACGGCGCACAUGGCGUCUUUCGGCACGUCUUUGGCUGCAGAGGCGGAGCAGCACUUGCACCUCACGCUCACGGCUCUGAGGGAGCGAGCAUUGUGGCACACCUACGACGCGGAGAUGCCGGCCGGCACGCCUGGCCCGGCACGCAACGUCCCAGUGACCGUGAAGUUAUUCUCACCCGACCUGUCUGACGCCGAAGCCGAGGCCGAGGCAGAGAAGGAGGCCGCGCGCGCGAUCAGCAGCGAGGCAUUCGUCGGGUUCUUCAAGAGCACGAACGGCGUGCGCGUAUUCGCGCUUGUCGAAGUAGACUUGGAGCACCUGGAGUUCUGCGACGUGUGA